UAGAAAUACACUUGCAAAUUAGGGAUUGAAUGCAACGAUAUACUGAAGAAAAGCCCAAACUGAAGAAGAUUUUGAAGAAUCAUAGAAUCUGUCUAACAACUGAUACUUAGACCUCAAAUCAAAACUUAAAUUAUAUGAGUCUAACAGCCCAUUGGAUUGAUGAUCACUGGAAGCUUCAGAAACGUAUCCUCAAUUUCUGUUCAAUAGCAGAUCACAAAGGGGAGACACUUGGAAAACAGGUUGAAGAAUGUUUGCUGGACUGGGGUAUUGAUCGUCUAUUCACAGUCACAGUUGACAAUGCAUCCUCAAAUGACAAGCUAAUUGAGUACUUGAAGGGUGUGUGCGAAGACUGGAAUGGAGUUGUGUUAAAGAACAAAUUUCUUCAUGUGAGGUGUUGCGCCCAUAUAGUCAACUUAGUCGUUAAGAGUGGACUUGAAGAACACAAUCACUCUAUCGAGAGGAUAAGAACUGCAGUUAAAUUUGUGAGGUCUUCACCAUCAAGAUUGAAAAUAUUCAAGAAAUGCGCAGAGUUAGAGAAAAUAUCCAGCAAAAGUCUUGUGACAUUGGAUUUGGAGACAAGAUGGAAUGCUACUUAUUUAAUGUUGGAGAAUGCUGAAAGGUUUGAGAAAGCUUUUGCAAGACUGGCAAAAGUGUGCAAGCCAUUCAAAGAAUACUUCCCAAACAAAGAUCCUCCCGAUCCUGAUGAUUGGCAAACCGCAAGGCGAAUAUUGUGUUUCUUGAAACUUUUUGAAAAGGUCACAACUCGUCUCUCAGCCUCUUUACAUGUAACUUCAAGCAUUGUUUUCCAUGACAUAAUGUUGAUGCGUGCAAAAUUAAUUGAGAUUGCUGGAGGUGAAGAUCCAACAUUAUCUUCAAUGGCAUAUCUCAUGAAAAUCAAAUUUGACAAGUACUGGAAACAAGAAGGCAAUCUGAACUACUUAUUAUUUAUUGCUGUCAUUUUGGAUCCUAGAUACAAGCUUCAAUAUUUGGUAUUUUGCUUGGAACUUAUGUAUGGACCAGAUGAAGGCAAAGAACUAGCUGAGAAAAUUGAAUCAGCUCUUAAUGAAUUGUUUGGCUGCUAUGUUGAAUCUGUUAAUGCCUCUUGUUCUAGAAAUAGAGGAUCAAAUCAAUAUCCAGUUCACAUCAAUGUAGAUGAGGAGGAUGAAGAGAAUCCCUGGGAUAUGCUAGCAUCUCAAUUUGAGCGACACAUGGCGGAGGUUGAGACGGAACCAAAUGAUUCAGAGUUGUCAAGAUAUCUAGCUGAUAAGCGGGAGAAGAGAACUAAAGAGUUCGACAUUUUAGAUUAUUGGAAAGUGAGCUCAAAUAAGUAUCAUGUACUCUCCCAUUUGGCAAAGGAUGUGCUAGCUGUUCCAGCUUCCACGGUUCCUUCGGAGUCAGCUUUUAGCACAGGUGGACGUAUUAUAGAUCCUCUUCGUUGCAGUCUAUCAACUAGCACAGUUGAAGCUUUGAUUUGCACGCAAAGUUGGCUACAGACAUCUCAAUGUAAAGUGAGUGCAAGAGAGGUUGCCGAAGACAUUCAAACAUAUGAGGAGAUUAGAGAAGAAUUCCUUUCGAAGGACUGCGUCGAUAACCAACAGAUCGAUUUCACUGAGUUUGAAGGAUAGCAAUUUCUAACAAGGCACAUAUUUGUUUCUGACAAGAGUUGCCUCUUCACAUGGCUGUUUUUGGAGUUCUUCAGAAACAAGCUUAGUGGUGCACUUACAGGUUUGACACGUGUUCGGAGAUUCCAGCAGGACGAUGCCCAUGUCUUUUGCAGAGAGAACCAAACUUUAUUUGGAUAGACCAUACUUGUUUACUAUCCUCAAGAAUGAAUCAUAUCAAUGUCAUACUUUAUUCUGUGCUCAUUCUGGAUGUAUGCAGAGAGCUUUCCAUUCAUGUAUGCAGAGAGCUUUCCAUUCAGUUUAACAGUAUAAAAUACAGUGGCGAUAGCUUAAGGAAUCUGGAUGAUAUUUGUGCUCAUUCUCAAUCA